CGUUUAUCUGCUUCACUCCUUCACUCUUCAAAGGUGAAUAGACUUUAUCCACUGACAGAUCAUUUAAACAAGACAUGCAGUGCAGCUGUGCAGCUGACCCGGGCACCCAAGUUGGCACUCCAUACUGGAUGAGAGGCGUUGUGUUCCCUGAAUGGGCCUAUAAACCUGAAUGGACCCCUGGCUCCAGGCAGAUCCAGCUUUGGCAUUUCAUCCUUGAGCUCCUGUCACGAGAAGAUCUGAACUCCUCUGUGAUCAGCUGGCAGGGCGACUGGGGUGAAUUUGUCAUUCGUGAUCCCGAGGAGGUGGCUCGACUUUGGGGCGCUCGCAAGGGGAAGCCGCACAUGAAUUACGACAAGCUGAGUCGGGCACUCAGGUACUACUACAACAAACGCAUCCUCCACAAGACCAAAGGCAAGCGCUUCACCUACAAGUUCAACUUCACCAAACUCAUCCUGGUCAAUUACCCCAACCGGUGCACCCGACUUCCACCCCGACUCACGGGAGGCAACGCCUGCCAGCCGGACCCUACCACACAAAACCAGCUGAUACAGAACUUGCUUUCAUCCCAAACGGUCUUCGUUGAUCAGAGAGCAGGGCAGCCUCCUCAUGAAAUGACGUCUUCGCUUUUGGACGCGACACCAAAGGGCGCAGCCUUCCAUUGCCGCGCUCAGCCUUAUCUCUUCGGCCCAUGCUGUCUGCCCACGCCACGGCCUUUCACCCCGAUGCCAUCGGGAGUCGUCGGUCACAUCCCGUACCUCUCAGUUCCUCCUCUUUCUGGACUGAACCUGCCCGAUUUCUCCUGCUACCCCUUGGUCGCCAGCGGCUUGUGUGGCAGUCCGCCGGCUUUCGGCUCUUGGAGGGUCAAGUUUGACUCGGGACACGCUGGAGAAAACUCGAGAGUCACUAAGCUGAAAACGGAGGCGGACCCCGAAAUGGAUGCGGCGGCGAUCAGGGGGUCCGUCUGGAGACCCGCAUUCUCCGCAAAUGCCUGA